AUGUCAGAACUUGGUAACUGUAAGUUAUAUUGCAGAUGAAGAAGAUUUAGCUGAAUUAAAGCGAAAAUACUUAGACGCCCCAGCACAGAAGUCCAAGCAUGCUAAGACUGCUAAAGACUCCACUUUCAGAGAUGUAUCUUCUCCACUACUUGGAUCAACCCAUGCAUCCCUCGACCUCCCUGAAACUCUUCGACAACGAAUUGACCAAGAAAAAGCCAAAUCAAUUGAGCUUGACAAAAAAAUCUCUGAGUACCAAGAGAUGGUCAACCAGCUCAGAAGAAACAUGGGAGGUGUUCACAGCUCAGCAGAAAAGCAAAAACAGCUCUCACGUGAGAUAAGAAUCCUUGAAAACCGUCUCGAUAAAGCUGUCCAACGAUUCAACCAAACUGUUUCCCACAACAAACAGCUCAGACUUGAAAUUGACAAGCUAAGAAAGGAUAUACCUAUUUAUCUAUGACUACCUAUAAUUUAUAUUUCCAAAAAAUUCCCAAGCAAUUCUAGGUAAAUCAGUAUAAAAACAUCUAUGAAGCCACAUUCAAAAAACUUCAGGACGAUCUCAAUAAAAAAAGAAGCGAAAUGGCUGAAGCAAUCGCAUCAGCAGAAACUGCUUAUAAAAAUCGAGAACAAGCCUUACAACAUCUAGAAAAACUAAAGAAACAGAACGAAGAAGAACAAAAAGAAUACGAGCAAAAAUGGAACGAAUUAAUAGCACAAAUAGAACAAGAAAAAAAGAAAAAAGAAUUUAUCCAGCAAAGGGAAAAAGAAAAAUUAAUGGAAAAUUCUGUGACUGAAAUAAACCCAGAAGACGAAUAUAAAAUCAGAAACCUUACCAAGCUUUCUGAAGCAGAAAAACAGUCAACUAAUGAAAGUGUGCAGCUUGUCAAAAGCUAUGAAGAAGCAUUAGCCAAAAUUAAAGCCGAGACUGGUGUAGAGUCUUUACAAGAUUUAGUAGAUGCCUUUUUAAGAUACGAAGAAAAAAAUACAGCUCUUUUGAAUUUCGUCAAUGAAUUGACGUCUGAAAUUGAGCAGCUGGAAAAGCAGAUUGAAGAAAUCAAGUCAGAAAUUUCUAGAUAUAAACAAAUGGGAGCUUUAACUGAUACUUCUAAAAAAAGAAUGCUACAAAAAAUGGAAGAAAGGCUCGCUAACAUGGAAUUCAGAAAUAAUAUUAAUGAACAGCGGCUUAAAGAGUCAAUGAAGACUAUUGCAUUUAUUAAAGAGCAGCUUAAAAGCUUUUUGCAAUCUUUAGACCCUGAUGAGCCAUUACUUAAAGAAAUGGAAGAAGAAGCGCUUACUGAGUCAAAUAUGAUGAAGUAUUUGGCUGAGGUUGAGCUGAGGGCUAAUAAAAUUAUACAGAGUUAUGCAUUAAUUCAGGCUCAAAAGCUGCAAGUUGAAGCUAUUAUGAAAGAUGACCCAAUGCUGCAUAGAGCUAAUAUUGCAGCACUAAAUAAUGUUAUGGCGCUUGGCUCACAGGUGGUGCAAAAUAAUGCACCUAUACAGCUUUUAGUACCAGUACUUCAGGAUGAAGAAGAGGAUGGGAUGGAAUUUGACGAUGACGAAAAUCCACUCAGCGUUGAUGAACUGAGAGCAAGGGCUGAAAGACAACUUCAGAACUGGAAACUAGCUCGUGGACCAACUGUUAAAGCCAAUAAAGCGCAGGGUGCAAAAAGAACUACGAAAAAGUAUAUUUUUUGAUUCAAAUUCAGCCAUUUUUUAAUAUAAUUUAUCAAAAUUGAAUAUUAGUAUAUGAAAAAAUAA